CAGUGUGCUAAUUGAUCACCUGGUAUCACACAGGGAAUAACCGCGAUACCUUACAGACAUCCUGACUCGAGCUAACGGUACUUUCCCCACGUCAAGUUGUCAUCCGAGGAAGGGAGGCGUUUGGUGGCUGUCCAUCCAGAAGAUCAAACUAAGUUUCUCCUGCGACUCGCGCCGUCUCACGCUCGUAGAUUCUCUCUGAAGUUCAAACGUCAACUGGUAAAGCAGCCAGCGUAUCUCUCCCGCCACAAUGACCUGCAACAAGCUCCUAGCCACGGCCUGCCUGCUCCUCAUCUACGCUGUCUGGACCUCACAGGCCGUCAACUACUACAAGCAAAACAAGGAAAACACCAACUACAGCCCACCCUCCCGCUCACGGCUCCCCUCUCAGGGCCAGACGGGGCCCAGCAACGCCCUUUGGAUCCGGACCCGCGACGCCCCCACCGAAACGCUCCGAUACCGGACGCCCAUGGACCGCCGCAUGGUGCCAGCAUCGAUGUUGUUCGGGGACAGGACCCCGGAGAAGCGGUUGUUCGAAGAUCUGUUCCCAUCGGACGACAGCGCAUUGAGCAGAUAUCGACGCAUUGCUGCCUUGCUGGAGAGCAAAGAUGAUUUCUAGACACGUUGAUCAUGACCGUUCAUUCGGAUGGACGUGGACAUCAGCUUUAGGCGUCAAAGGUGAUUUUCAUCUUGUCACCGAAGUUUGAAUAGAUUUGGGUUGAAGUAUAGACAUUCUUUCAUUUUCUGUCUAAAUUAUGAGCAGUUAUUGUGGAAAAUAAGUUAAACACACAUAUGUAUAUUUCAUUUAGUUUACGCGGACUGUAAGAUUGAUGGGUUUUUGAUUUUGGAAAUUAUGCUAAGUUAGUUAAGAAAAAAAUGAUGGAGCAUGAAAGUUGUGAUUGUAUCCCACCUGUAUGCCUUUGAUGUAUUCAAUAUUAUUUAUGCAUAUUAAUCAUUUGUGUCAUUGACUUUUGUGAUUAUUGCUAUUAUGAAAUUAUAUAAUGAUGCACAUAGAGUAGGAAGAUCAAGGUUGUUACGACAAGUAAUUAACAUUCGCAAGCCAGGCGAGUCAGGAGACAAUAUAUUUCAACUUGCUUAAACCUGCAAAAAAAAAAAACGUGUUUCAAAAAUAUACCAUGUCGGGUUCCCUAUAGCUGCAAGAUGAAUACGUAUUGGGUAUCAGAAUGAAAACAAAACCGGUGCCAGACUCGAGUGACAGCCUCGUUCGAACUCGUGGAAUUACAAUAUCGAGGUUGACCUUGGUGUGUGUAUAGUAACAUGACAGACGUUGUAAAAAAUAUAUAUUUUAAUGUCCUGUGUAAUCCACGUCUUUCAUCGUUACACUCAUAAUUUCUAAUUUGAUUUGUUGUGAGCGAAUUAAAAUAAACAUUCUGUUUAGAUGUACUA